UCGAGUUGAAGAGAGGGGGGGGGGGGCGGUGUAGAGGUAAAGAAGAUCUGGCGGUCUGAAGAACAAAGAGUUGAUGAAAACAACUUCUGCCUAGUUACACUAGUUGACGCCUACAACAAUGACUUGGCAAACAAUGUAACCCAAAUAUCGUCUUCACAACCUCAAGUAGUUUACAAACAUAACAACAGUGUGAGUAGGUCUAUAAUAGAAAUUCCUAUACAAAUCUUGAAACAAGCAAAGUGUGACUAGAUCUAGAUUCUAAAGCAAAAAAUAGGCAAUGAAACAUUGUCUGUAGUCUACUUCGAUUUUUAGUGUUUUUUUUUACCAGUCGCCCGACUUUUUGUUUUUAACACACUACUCAUCACAAAGGAGAGCGGGGGGAAGCAAUGUGCCAAGGAUGAAGAAAACCUUUAAGAUCGAUACCAAACUGUGUUAAGAUGGCAGCUGCUCAAGUUAAAGCAUACCAAGGCGAGCGCGAGCGAGCAUUUAAAAUUCAAUAGAAAACAAAACCAUGGCUGCAACAGUGUUGAGCAUGAUCUUUGCCCUUCUUAUGGCAUGUGUUUCAGUGGCAGGUGACACCAUCUAUUCAUGUUUUGGAGUCAAUAAAACACUCAACAUUGACUGUGGAGCAGGGUAUAUGGUCCACAUUACCAAAACCUUUUAUGGCUUCAGCCCCACUAGCCAAUGCCGUUUGGUGGAGGGGGAGGCUGGGGCUGCCGGGUGCACAGUGGAAGAUCACGAAAACUAUCCCUGUGUCGGGCAGAGAACAUGCAGUAUCAAUCUGCCCACUGGCGCAUUUGGGGUUAAUGUCCCAACCUGUGGGCAGAGGAGCAACUACUUCCAAGUGGAAUAUAACUGUGUGUUGGAAAGUUCAGUCACCAACAUCUGCAACAAUGAGAAACUGACUAAACAAAGUGGAUACAUUAUGACUCCUAAAUAUCCAGCCAAGUAUAAAUACAAGGGUGACUGCUAUGUUGACAUUGUGGCCCACCCUUCACAGAAGAUCAACUUGAAUAUUAUUGAGCUGGACCUGGAAAGCAGGGGACGCACAGACUGCGCUGACCUGAUGUACUUCAAUGACAAGCUACGCAGCAUCACUCUGUGUGGCCAGCGCACCAACAACAGCUACAGCAUGCUGUCUAACUUUCUGCACAUUGAGCUUCAGUCCUCCAGCGCAGUCAACAGCAAAGGAUUCUGGCUGUAUUAUGAAGCUGUCCCUCCGAUGCCAACAUCUUUGACUCCAUCAACUGUGGUUGAAAAUAAGGUGGUCACCAUGGAAACCUUACACUUUGAUAACAACCAAGCUGUAACUAGUGGUCCCAGAGGAAUGGACAGGGCUGGAAAUUCUAUUCUACUGUCAACUCUUCAAUAUCAGCAGGCCAAUACUACUGUACCUCUAUUCUAUAAAAAGAACUCUCCCAAGUUACCAUUUGCUGCUAUUGCUGGAGGAGUGAUUGGUACACUGAGUCUCAUUCUAGUCCUACUUCUCUUACUGCUGUUGAUUAAAUGGUGCAAUGAGAGGAAGUACUAUAAAGGGGAAAAAGUCCUUGAAAUCAGGAACCCAGCUUUCCGAAGCAGCAAUGAUUUCCACGAGAGCCAAAAUCAGAAUAGCAACUACUGCUAGAAGUUGGUGGCUAUGCUGGUAAGCCCGAAGACCACUUUUUUUUUUCUUCUGGGAAGAAACCUUGAUGACUAAACCAAUGUCCAUAGUGGAUGUUAGCACCUUGUAUUUAUCCACUGGCCAAAUAUAGAUAUGAAAGCUAGCAGUGAAGCUACAACUGAGACAGAGUAACUGCAAUCAGCACUUUGACAUUAGAUGCUAACAGUCAAAGGAAUAAAUGGUCAUAAUGCAAGAUAAUAGCAAACAUCUAAAUGCCUUCUUAGUUUGAGACAACAAAAAACUUGGCACAGAUGACAUAAGAACAUAGUCAUAUGGUCAUCAAUACAGUUACACAAGUACCAAUAAUACAUGAUUGCUUCAUGGAAGGACGGAGCUGCUGCCAUGCCCACAUUCCAUGACUGCUCUCAACAGUCAAAUGUAAACAUUUCAAAAAGUUUCCAAUAUGUCACCAUUCAAACUAUAUACCAUACUCAAGAAGCAUUUGAAAUCUCAUUAAAUUGAAAAAUGAGGUAAACACCAUGCUGCCAAAGUAGUCUUUGUGUGUGUGUGUGUGUUUUAUCAAAAACAAAAAGACAAUGAACUAUUUUUAAUAUUAAGUAAUGUAUCAAAUGUGAUGGACAACUUUGAAAUUCAUAGUACAUACUACAUUUUGUCUUCAUUGACUAAAAAAUUCUUUGGAACAUGGUGGAUGUAGGGCAAAGUACUUUUUUUUUCAAGAGGACCCAAACUUUGGCUGUGAUUUGGGGAUUAAAAAGUCCAACCAGCUCUAAUUUGUAUCUGACACUUGUCAGUGAAAAUAAAUGUGGUUGGUCAUUGUGCUGGCCACAUGACACUCUAAGUGAUUAUUAUUGGCUACCACUUCUCAAAUCAAUUUAACAUCCUGGGGGAGGGGGAGUUACUAAAAUAAUGUGUAAUUUAUUUUGAUUGUGUUAUAUUCACUACUUUUGAACAAUGUCCUUCCAAUGCUCUGUAAAUAUUCUAAUUUAUUGUUCUUUUUUAAAAAUAAUUCUUGCCAUUGGGUAAUAUGGCCAGUUCAACUAUUCCAAUUUGUUGUACAUUGAAAAUAGCAUUAUUUAUUGCAUGCAUCUAUGCACAUUCAUGUUGUCACUCAUCAGUACUCAUGUUUUACGUACUCAUGUUUUACACCUCCUGUUUCAUUGGAUCACUGUCUUAACAUCUCGUUUCACUCAUCGAAGCCUAAAUCAACUCUCCAUUGUUGACAGAAACAAAAGACAAUGAAUUGUGUUGAUAUUGAAAGGUUAUGCUGCAUGCCAAUGUUUAAAUAAAAUGUUUAUUGUCAUCAAUGUAAAUGCUGACAAUAAUGGUGUGUAACACUAGAAGUAUUAAUAUUUCAUGUAAUAUAAUGUAUAUACUUAUUUAUCGUGAACUCAUUUAUAUUUAUAUUUAUUCUAUGUUCCAUCCCCCAAAAAGUCACCAAAUCUAGUCAUAUCAUUGUACUGUAUAUAAUGCUUAAUAUUGCUCUGUUUUGUUGAAGUAAUCAUAUUUACAUUUACCUUAAUGCUGUAAUCAUCCAAUCAGUAAUUUAUUAUGAGUCGAGUAAAUUAUAUCAAUGUAUGUAUGUGUUGAACCAAAUCAAUAAGUAAAAAAGAUAAUUUGGUAAUAGUGUUAAUGUUAAUAAAGGAACUGAAAAUCUAAGACUCUAUGAAAUGUGAAAAGUAGGUGAUGGUUGUGUUUGCUAAAUCAGGUCAUCGACAUUAAUAUAAUUGGAUGAGUGUGCUAAAUCAAGUCAUUAAUUUAUUAUGUGGAUGAGUGUGCUAAAUCAAGUCAUAAAUUUAUUAGUUGGAUGAGUGUGCUAAAUCAAGUCAUAAAUUUAUUAUGUGGAUGAGUGCUAAAUCAAGUCAUUAAUUUAUGUGGAUGAGUGUACUAAGUCAAGUCAUUAAUUUAUGUGGAUGAAUGUGCUAAAUCAAGUCAUUAAUUUAUAUGGGUAAGUGUGCUAAAUCAAGUCAUUCGUAUAAUAAAUAUGCUAAAUCAAGUCAUAAUAUAUAUGGAUGAGCGUGCUAAUCACAUCAUGUAAUAUAGUAUAUAGAUGAGGAGUGUGCUUUAUUCAAGUAUUAUAUGAAGUAUGUCUGAGCUAUAAGUAUACAUAUUUGUGACUUUGUUUGUGCUUAUUUGGUAAAGAAAAUAUAUUUAAUGUAUACUAUAUAUUCAUAUUUACUUAAAUUUUUGAAAAUAUAUUUGUUUAUGGUUGUGACAGUUCAAUCAUUAAUUAGAAAAAUCCCUUUUGGUAAUUUUUAGCACUUGGUACAUAUUGACACUAGACAUUUUAAUCAUUUAAACAACAUUGACAAACUAAAACAUUUUGAACAUGUUCUACUGUGAUACACAGCCAUUCCAUCUGACAAAAGCCAAAAUCAGACAGAUUCUGCAUAACAAAAACAUUUAUUACAAAAUGUAAACAAUCUACAAAUUUCAUACACACAUACAAAUCCUACUUCACAUUUUCCUAUUAUUUAUAGUUUCACCAUAUGACUAUACACAGAGGUUUGAAGUUUCUCUGCUUUUAGAAGAGGCCAAUUUUUUUUUAUAACUUUCAUUUCAGCUGUAGUAGUGAAUGAAUUUCUUCAUUUAUGACAUAAAUAUAUUAUAAAUACUGUAAAUUUUGUAUGUAUGUAUAAAGUUGACUAUAAUGAUUUAUUUAUUACAAUUUAAUUCUAAUAAUAAUUUCUAUGUAGAAAGGAGAGAAAAAUAUUCAAUAAACUAAUAAU